CAUGGGCUUGUAUACAGCCUGGAGGGGUAUGUUGGAGAGGCACAGAGGCAGAAGCCAAGGCUGACAACAAGAAAAUAUCCACGGUUCUAUCAAGGGUUGCUGAGCAUGCAUUAGGAUCUCCACAGCAACUUAGCUCUUUCAGACGGGAAUAUAUCCUAUCCAGCUUUUUACUUUAAUUCUUUCAUUUUUUUGCUUAAAGAAAACCGAUGUUCAGGUACUGGUGUCUGUGAGGCGAAGAUGUCGGAGCGAGCUAUGGAACUGCUCCUCCGUAGGGCCGCGGUCGGCGAAGCCUUGUCGUGGAGCGAGUCCCUCGACCAUCUCCUGGAGAGUAAAGGUCGCCUGGUAUUUGAGGAUUUCCUGAGGAGCGAGUACAGUGAGGAGAACCUGCUCUUCUGGCUGGCCUGCGAGGACUACAAGAGGAGCCCCAGCCCCCACAAAAUGGCCGCCAUGGCACAGAGGAUCUUCGCUGAGUUUGUGCAGGUCGAUGCGCCCAGACAGAUAAAUAUCGACUACCUGACCAGAAAAAGCAUACGGGAGAAUAUCUCUGAGCCGGGAUUGCACUCCUUCGACAGAGCGCAGAAGCUCAUAUACGCACUGAUGGAAAAUGACUGUUAUCCUCGAUUCCUGAAAUCUGACAUCUAUCAGGCUUUCCUGGAACAUUCCAAGCAACAAUAAGUGAGAAAAAAAAGCAACACUGCAAGGUACGAAGGUCAGCUACAGCAGGGCUCUCUUGUCAGACAAAGUGAAAUUCAAAGAAUAUAUAUAUAUGGAAUUAUAAUUUUCAAUAUCAUCCCCCUUCUGAAACAUCCAUCUCAGCUUCCCAUUCCCUGUUAUUUCAUUAAUUAAUGUGGAAAUAUUACCGCUAUUGCAUUAUAGCGUUUACUUUUUCAAUUCCGCGCAACAUUACUUUUCCGAGGGAAAGAUUUGACGGCGAUACUGCAUCCUCAGCCAGUAUGCUAUUGCGCAAGCACGCAGGCACGCUUGCGGCGCGUCUGCGUACUUGCGCAAUAGUGCCUUAACGAGCUCUCAUUCCGAACCGUACGAGACAGACAAUGGUAGCGUGAAGCUGUCUCUGCAUCUCAGACAUCUCGCUUCCGCAGGCAACUCUGUCCCCUUUUCUCCCUUUCAUUCCAAUCCUGAGCAACGCUAGUCUCCCUUCUCUGCCGAAUGCAUUUUUGAAAAAAAAGAAUAAGUAUCAGUUUUUAAAAUCCUUAAUUGUAAUGCAUGACUCCGAACCGUGUGAUGUGUCCAAUCUGCUGCGUUUUAGGGGAUAAAAUAAGAGUUCUUAUUUUAUCCCAAAAAAUAUAAAAUAAUAAUGUAAUAAUAAUAAUAAUAAUAAUAAUAAACACUAUGUUGGUCUCCCACCAUAUGCGCUGUCAUCAGCACAAAUGAUCUGUCCCUAAAGUUAAAAUCCCCCAUCCCCCCUGGCUUUUUCUUUACAACUCGACCACUGUAUAUGACUCAUAUAUAUAUAUAUAUAUAUAUAAAGACUUGUCUUUAUAUAUAUAAAAAUAUAAAGUGAGAGAGGGAGAAAGGUUGUUGAGAUGAGGUUUUUUGAGGACACAUAUCAGAGUGCUUUCAUUCAUGUACCAUUUUGAAUGUUUCUUUUUUAUAAUUGCACAGACCGAUAACUGCUUUGAAGACCACACUUUCUAUGUUGGAUAAACCAUGCAGAGAAAUGCAGGGAUGUACCUGCCUGGUGUGGCACAUAUAAGCUCAAUGUGUAAAGAAUUCUCAAAAGAUUCUCUAUUCUUGGAGAUGUCAUGACCCCUGAUGUGUUUAGAAUACAAUACAAAUACAGAAAUGUGCCUUUGAAAGAAAUCUGAUGCAUGUUUGAUGUAUGUAUGAAUGUUAGGUAUGUAUGUCUGAUCAGGUGUAUGUAUUUGUACAGGAUGUACGUCCUGUAUGUAUGAGAAUGGUGGUGGGGAUGUUUACAAUGAAUAAAUACAUUUAAAGUCAA